AUGUCCACACAAACCGGCCCCGUCAUCCCUCCUCGGCCGUCAAGGUCGCCUCAUCAGCAGGGCCUUGCACCCGGUUCGGCAGAGAUACCCAAGAUCCCGCCUCGCCCUGCUCGUCGCUUUGAGCGCUCGAUUUCUCCCCUGCGUGAUAGCUACGCCCCGUCUCCACUGAACGAACCGCCCAAUGGCGCAAGUCUGAGCCGCACGGUUUCCCACGACCUGCCGCAACGUCCCCCGAGCGUAACGAUACCGUCCCUUGGAGAAGAGGGUAUUGAAUACGAGGACUUGGAUGUCGGCAAUGCCUCGGAAGGGCACAAUGCGACCCCGGCGGAAACUCGCAACGUGGACAGCGAUCUCAAGCUGCAUGCGCCAAGACCUUCGCUGCCGAAUGCCAGCGCCAAGGCCAGGGUGCAGGCCGUGACACGCACGGAUUCGCGCCAGGCUGUGGCAGCAGGAAUUGGUGGGAGAGUGGCUUCUCCCGUUCCCGACGAGCAGGACCGUUCUGCUCGCUCGCUGCACUCCCGAACCGGUUCGCGCGCCGAGUCCUCCGCGUCUGCCGAUCGCCGAGAAUCGUUCAAUGGCGACGAGCAUGGCAUUCCGGAGAUCGGACAGCGGGUCCCAAUGUACCGCAAUGCGGGUGAUGUUCAGGCACCUUCUCCGAGUCCUUAUCAAAUCGACCAUGCCGGUUCACGCUCUGGUCGCACUCAUAACCGAACCCGUAGCGGCCGCGAAGCCUCUCUCCCACCCGGUAGCUACGGGCUUCACGGACACGGGGUGCAGCCCAACGACAAAUUCGAGAAAGCCUGGUACGAGAAGCACCCUGAAGAGUACGUCAAGGAAGAGCAUGGUCAAUAUGGGCCCGGGGUGGGCACGCCCCGGCCCGAUUGGGCUUUGAGCAGCGAUGAUCUAAAUAAGAUCGUUCGUGGCUCCGCAGUGACUGGUGCAGGACUUGGCACUUCCCCUGCCGUGACUGGAACCCCGGAAGAAGAGGUUGGAUAUAUCGCCAGCGACCAGUACACUAACCACUUCUCGCCCCCGCCCCCAGAGUCUCGUCGUGACUCGCGCCCUGCCGUUGAUUCCCCUCUGCGCACGGAAAGCACGGCCGCUUUGGACUCCGAAGCCCAACAGGAAGCCAAGUCUGCGCAAGAGACUUCUCAGAAACCGGAGAAACCGGGCAUCAUCCACGUUGAUGAACCAUACCAUCAUCUGCACCACCCGGAUGGGUUUGCCCAGACGCCGGAGCCAGAGACUCUGACCCACGGGACUGGAGAGGACGGAGCGGAUGACGAAGAACCCAUUCUGGCUGCCGAUGAGGUGCGGCCGGAAUCCGCCUUCCAGCACCCUGCAGUGUCGCCCACGUUCGGGCGAAGGGAAAGCUUUGACCAUGAAGGUAGGAGUCGUACUCCAAGCGCAAACCACAGCCGCUCCAAUAGCAGACCUACGAGUCUCCAUGGCAUGCCUACCUUGGCCAGGUUCAAUUCACGUGAUGAGCGUGAGGAUACGCACACCCCUCUCGAGGAUGUGGAGGAAUACGAACCUUUGUUCCCUGAGGAUGACAAGAAAGACCAAAAGGUCGUUUCGACCGCAGAGCGCUUUAAAAAGCGACCUGACAUGUCACAGCAUCGUUUUCCUAGUCAGGAUAUCUGGGAGGAUUCGCCCAACAGCUUGCAGCUUCAUGCCACCGUCUCUACACCGGACAUUCCCAAACAGGAUGUCUUCGAGACGCCGGAGCAAGAGUCAUUUCGCCGAAGCCAGACGAGUCAUCUCGAUCCUCACGAAGUUGCUUCGCACAUUCUGGAGUCCGAGGAACAAAAGGAGAAGCCACCAACACGCCCUGAUAUAUCAAAGCAGCGAUUCCCGAGUCGCGAUAUCUGGGAAGAUGCGCCUGAAAGUCACAAGCUAGUAACCACGAUAGAACCAUCGGAAGAAGAGGUCAGGAGUCCCGAAGUGAAAAGCCCCGAGAUUCCAGCACGACCCGCCAUUCCAUCCCGACCUGCAAGACGCCCGCAACAGGCUCCGUCAGUGGACGCGUCCACGAAGCCGGUCACAUCGCCGAUUGAGAAGCGACCGCCACCCCAGAUUCCUGACCGUCCCAAGCCUCAAGUUCCCAGUCGACCGGCCAAGCCUGCGUUCCGUGGCAAUGAUACAGAAGCCAAAGAUCCAGCGGCCAAGCCCAAACCUGCAGUGCCGGCUCGCCCCGGUGGGAGUAAGAUCGCUGCUUUGAAGGCUGGGUUUUUGACGGAUCUCAACUCCCGCCUACAGCUUGGCCCCCAGGGGCCGAAGCCCCAAGAGAAGAAGGAAGAGGAACCCCCUGCCGAGAAGGUCCCAUUGAGUGAUGCUCGCAAGGGAAGAGCUCGGGGGCCGGCGCGGAGAAAGCCUGCAGUCGAGAAACCGAGCCCCAAGCUGCCUACAAUCCCCGAGGUCAAGAUUACUACGACUUGGAAUGUUUGGCAAGUGGGUGAAGAUGGCAACUUGACAGUGGGUGAUAGUGAGAAGACGGAACGUCACGACGUGACUCCGCCUGAUACCUCCCGCUCGGAUGAUGCUACGAUGGCGCCCCCGCUGGCGAAGAAUCUUGCCGGCGAGUCGGCGGAUCCUAGUCUCUCUCCAGACAAGCAGGAGAGUCAGGAAACGAGCCCGGAAACUCCUGCCUCUCCGGACGCCACGACCCCGGCCGACACUCAGUCACCUCUUGCUGACACGGAACCGCCGACAAUAAAUGAACCGAUUACUAUUGAUGCCUCCGACCUCAACCCUAAGUCUACCGCCUCUUCUCCCGAUGAGCAAAUAGACGCCGCUGCCGAACAGCUGGCUGCCUCUGCCGAUGGAAAGAGACUUUCGGAUGGAGGUUCCUAA